GUGGUUUUGUUGUUGACAUCUGAAGUAACAUUAGAACGUUAGACAAGACUUUUUGGCACCAUGGCAGAAUUUGUUCAGCAAAGUAUUGAGGAAAUGAUUCCAGAAUUGGAGCAAAUGCAAAGGAUUGGACUUUUUGAAAAGUCUGAAACAAGGAAAAUUUUAAAGAAGCGACAAGCAUUUGAAUACAAACUGAGAAGAAAAACAAAGUGUAAAGAAGACUUUUUGCAAUACAUUCAGUACGAGAUCAAUGUCCUUGCCAUGGUGAAGCACAGAAGGGAGAAACUUCACCAUGCCUUCAAAAGACUGGAAAUUGAAGUUUCCAUUAUGCAGAGAAUUCACAAGUUGUUUCGGCUGGUGUGCAAUAGAUUCCAGUAUGAUGUCAAACUUUGGUUAUCUCACAUCCAAUUUGCCAAAGCUGGGAAUGAAAAGGCCACUGUUAGUCGGCUGUUUACAAGAAUGCUACAAGUUCACAACAAGAAGUCAGAGUUGUGGAUUCUGGCUGCUAAAUGGGAGUUUGAGGAAAACAUCAGUCCCGACAACGCUCGCAGUCUGAUGCAGAGAGGACUCCGGUUUAAUCCUGAGUCGAAGAAACUCUGGCUUGAGUACUACAGGCUAGAACUUUUAUACACAGACAUGUUGCGGAAACGAAAAGCUCUUUUGGGGAUUGCUGAAAAUGUUAAAAAGGACAAUGAUGCAAUAAUUGAGGGGAAAGUAGCAUUUGUAGUUUACAAGAAUGCUCUUGAAUCCAUUUCAGGUGAUGUUAAUUUUCUUCUGUCAUUCAUUCCAAUCUGUAAACUGUUUGACUUCACACAAAACCAGGAAGAACACAUGUUCCAAGUUUUGCAAGACUUGUACUCAAAUUUGCCACUGACUUGGGAUGCUCUGGCAAAACGACAUUUAUACCAGCGAUAUCGAGGACAACCUGAAAAAGAAGGAGUGACCAAGAAGGAUGAAGCUGAAUGUCUCCAGGUUUACGAGGAAGCGGUGAAGGCUGUUCCCACGGCCGAAAUGUGGUCCCUCUACCUGAAGGCUGUCCUGAUGAUCAGACAAUGGCCCGGAGCAGACAAGCGUAGAGAAAAGCGCAACCGCCGAGCAUUAGAUUUAUUUGACACUGCAGCCAGGGAGAACAAAGUUUGUGAAGAUUUAUUCCGUGACUGGUUUGAACUGUUAGAAGAUCUGGAACUGUCUGAUAGACUGGUAGCUGUGUCUGAACUUGGGACGAAGCAGUUUCCUACAUCAGUGUCACUAUGGAAACAGUGUCUGUUGCUGCUCAUCAGAAGUGAAGUCAGUGAGGAGGAAUUGCUGUCUGUGUUUCACUUGUCACAGUCAAACAUCCCACCAAAGGAAAGUUGGCCUUUGUGGCAUGUGAUCCUUGACUUCUGUAUAGCCUCCAAGUCCACCCAACUCAAAGAUUUGUUUGAGAAAUGUGUGACGCUGUGUCGCGAAGUAUGUCAACCGGCCAAAGAACUCUACAUACAGUGGACGUACCUCAGCACAGGAAUCAAACCAGCCAGGAAACUCUACAAGAGACUUUCUCAAGCCAAACCAGUGUCAAUUGAUUUCUACAGGAAGUACAUCGCAAUAGAAAGUGCUCAGGAAAAAACGAAGAUGAAACUGAUACGACAAGCUUACGAUGAUGCCAUCCAAGAUUAUGGGUCAGCUGAAGCAGAUUUGUGGCUGGAGUAUGUGAAAGUUGAGAUGUUCCACCCUGACGGUCACCCGGAAAACACGGGACAGAUCCACUACCGAGCGAUCCGGGCACUGCCAGGGGAGGUCAGUCAGGAGUUUGUCCGCAAAUACACGCUCUUACAGACCGGAAACCUAACAUGAGAUCUUCGUAUAGAGUCAUCACAGGAUACUGUCUUAACAUCACAGGAUGGUGUCUUAACGUCACUAGAUAGUAUUUUAACAUCACAGGAUACUAUCUUAACAUCACCAGAUAGUAUCUUAACAUCACAGGAUGGUGUCUUAACGUCACUAGAUAGUAUCUUAACAUCACAGGAUACUAUCUUAACAUCACUAGAUAGUAUCUUAACAUCACAGGAUAGUAUCUUAACAUCACAGGAUGGUGACUUAACAUCACAGAAAACUGUCUUAACAUCAGAUGAUAUAUUUCCAAGUUGACAGGACAACAUAUUCUUAAACUGGAGAUAUCUUCUGAGUUGUAUUCUUCUGAUGUCACAGGCCAUCUUGUCUAAGCUGCCGAGUAUGCUGAUGUUUCUUUUUUUCACAGUAGAUUUUUCUCCAAAUUACAUGAUUUUUUUUAGUUAGCAUAUUUUUAUCUGGGUUCAUGGGAUAUUUAUCGAAGCUCAUAUGUUCAAAAUGUAUUAUGAAAUUGUUAAAUAGAAGUGUGUACACUGUAGAAAUAGUCACAAACACACUUCAUUUAGGUUCUGGUUUUCUUUAUUGCUGGUUUUGUCUUUCGGUAAUCUGUAUGUUUAAAGGUGGAUGGCCUCAUUGCAACAUUAAUGGGUAGAUGCCAAAUAACUUUACUUUAAAGGGGCUGCAACUGCUAUCAAAUAAUUCUCAUUGUUUAUGCAGAGUUAUGUCCCUUACAUGUACGUUUUUAGCAUUUAGUUAUUCUUCUGAUUUUAUAUCAUUGGUAUGGUGAUUUAUGUGAAAAUGUUCGGUUAUAAAUAGUUCAUUGAUUUAUUAUUUUUCUUCAUAAUGUAUGUGAAUUGUCAUUUAAAAAAAAAAUCAUUAUGAAUUUUGUAAAACAAGAUGAUCAGCAGAUUAUGCACAUUAGCAUAGGCAGUGCGUUUCAAACAUUUGACCACUUUACAAUAAUUACUUCCCUUUUAAUAUUUCAAGUAGUCUGCCAACGUUUCCAUAAACUUUUUGUGCAACUAGUAUUUAGUAUUUACCCUGUUUAGUGAUGUCUUCAGAAGUACAACAGUUGACUUAUAAAUUUUGUUUUAAAGAUUACACAAUAUAGAAUGUAUGUAUAUUUCCAUUGUGUCAAUAAGAUGUGUAUGUUAUAAAUGGAUAUACUGAUGAAAAUAAACAUGUUUUGAAAAAGAAAAA